ACAAAAAGGUUGUGGCACCUGACAGGCUAACUGCUAUUUUUUUAAUACGAGCUUUGGUGGAUCAAGGGUGUUUCCUCAGACAGAAGAAUGAGAUUGUGUGACUGACGUUUUUAUACAUGGACUGAUGAAUAUGUGGAGAUACAGAUGGACAAAGUGACAAUGGUUCGUUGGUAAAGAAACAGACUGUGAAUCAUGUUAAUUGUCAGUCUACCAGAGAAGCUGCAGGGGCCCAUCAUCAUCUUCACAAUCGGAGGCCCAGGCUCUGGCAAAGGGCUACAAAGCAGACAGAUGGCUCAGAAGUACAAUUUCUCCCAUGUGGCUAUUGGGGAUCUGCUGCGGGUAGAGGCUAGCAGGGCCAACCGCAGGGGCAGAGCUAUCAGGGAUAUCAUGUUGAAAGGAGCUCUGGUGCCCUCGGGCUACAUUGUAGACCUGCUGAUCAACAACAUGUUGAAGGCCAACAGUGUCAAAGGAUUCAUAAUUGAGGGCUUCCCCCGGGACGUCAACCAGGCCAAGCUGUUUGAAGAAGUUGUGGGGCGUUCACCCAACAUCGUUAUAGUGUUUGACUGCUGUACGGAGACCAUGAUCCAGCGACUGAUGCUCCGAAGCCAAAUGGGCGAGAGGGUGGACGACCAUGAGAGAAUCAUCCGGCAACGCCUGCAGACACACUACACACAGUGUGAGCUUGUCCUCACCUACUACCUCCAGAAGAGCCUACUCCGGAACAUCAUUGGGGAGGAACCUCCAGAUACAGUCUUUACCAAAUGCUGCAGUGUUGUCGAUGAGGUGAUCAAAGCAGCUGCCUUGACUACAUAGCCCUUUAGUUCUACAUUCAAAUAAAGAUUUAAAUCUGCUGGUCCAUUACAAUGCCCUCCUCAAAAACUCUUAAGAAAGAAAGCCUCAUUGCUGAUUCCUAUAUGCAGACGUGUUACCUGUUGGCUUACAGCUUUGUAUGUGAACUGACAUCCCUGAAAAAACAGAAGGUGCAUUUGUGGUAUGACUGGGCGUUCACACAUGUACAUCAUCAUAACUACUGUAUUACUUAAUGUGCUGUCAUCAAUCCAUGAACAUGCAUACUGUAAAUAGUCCUGAAUAACUGAAGUCUAGUACAAGCCAAAGGAUACAGAUGACAAAAUGCCCAAUCCAUAUGGCAGACCUGAGGGCAACAGUAUCCUCGCUAUAAAUUGAAGACUUGAUCUAUACCAGAAGUUCUAUUUUGUUUUUUUAGUGUCUAUUAAUAUUAACAACCUUCACUUUUUCUUAAGAACACACACUCCUAUUUUUGGUUCUUCUCCCAAAAGUAACUAUAUUUUUUAAUAGGCUAUUCUAUCUUUCCCUAGAAAUCCUUCUGUAACCUUCUUACAUGGUAACACUGAGCUCCAGGACAAGUAGUUGUCAAAGCUUCCUGGUGGCUAACUGAGUCUACAGCUAGCACUGAAAGAGCACGCACAAAUGCGCCUGUUGUUACCAAUAAAUUGGGCACCUGGCUGACUCAAAAAUUGAACAUGUGAAGCAGGAAAUCAGGGGACAAACACAGGAUAGAGCAUUUUAACAGCAAACCAUCACUUAUCUAGCACCCCAUUCAAGUUUGGUAAGUGUCCAGCAAGAGCAAAAAGCGAAUUCAUAUAGCCAACCAGAGUGGGUACAGCAAAAAAACAUUUGAACUGUUCUUCACAAGCU